UGCUGUGUUAAGGACGACUAAAAUUCAUAUCUACCAACACACACACACUGACGGAAGAGGAGCAAAGUCUGGAUUUUACCCCAAGAAGGGAAUUACAUUAUCCUUUCUUUCAUUGUCUUCUCGUUUCCUUUUGACAUAACAAAGCAGUAUGUCUCAGAAAGGGACGAAGGGAGGACAAGACAACAGGCCGCCCUCUGCUGGAGGCACAUCCUCCCAGCCCUCCUCGGCUCACGGUACCCCGCUCCGCUCGUCGAUGCGGAGGUCCCAUGGGGAGUCCCAGAAGGGAGGAGUCUUGCUGGAAGCGGACGACCCCCAGUCGCACAGGAAGAGUCGGACCAGCAGCCAAAGCUCUGUGUCAGCCGCCUACGUGCUCUACCUCAACAAACUGUUUGGACAGGACAGGGAGCUGAUGCCAGAGGAGCUAGAUGAGCUGCAUGUGGCCUUUAAAGAGUUUGACUACGACGGUGACGGCUACCUGCACUACAAAGAUGUGGCAGACUGCAUGAGGACCAUGGGGUAUAUGCCCACAGAGAUGGAGCUCAUCGAGAUCGUCCAGCAGAUCAAGAUGAAAUGGGGGGGUCAUGUGGACUUUGAUGAUUUCUGUGAGCUCAUGGGUCCUAGGAUGCUGGCAGAGACGGCACACAUGGUUGGCCUCAGGGAACUGCGCUGCGCCUUCAAACAGUUUGACUUUGAUGGUGAUGGGCGCAUCACCAUCGAGGAGUUGAAGGAGGCCAUGAAGUCCCUGUUGGGGGAGAAGCUGAAGAAGGGAGAGCUGGAGGAGAUCCUGGAAGACAUUGACCUCAACAAGGAUGGAACCAUUGACUUUGAUGAGUUUGUCAUGAUGCUGUCAGCACGAUGACCUGAAAACGUCCAACACUCACAGGAAGCUGAAUGGCUGAUCUUCAGAAAUGGGCAAACAUGUCCAGUCAACGUCCUGCUAUAUUGUGCAUAACUGUUCUAUAGAACAAUGAAGGUUACAUAUUUUAAUGUCAAUCUCUUUUUAUAGCAUGUUUUUUUUCCCACAAGAAAAUGGUUAAGUAAUAUUAGAGGGCGAAAGGUGAGUUAUGAAACCAGUGUUAGGUAUUAUUGGUGAAUCAGUAUCGCCCCCAUGUGGUAGAACAGCUACUUUACAGCUCUGGGAUCAUAAGUGGCUUGAUGAAAUAAGACCUUUAGUCUACAAAAAGUUUAUUGAUAUAUAUGAUCCCGACACAAUAAACAC